AUGGGACCUUCCAACAAUCACAACCACCCGGGCCUUGACUGGGUCGUCCAGAAGUUUGGCGGCACCAGCAUAGGAAAGUACGCCUUUCAGGCUAAUCGAGUGGCAAAACGCAGGGACUCGCUGCGUCGCAAUCGGGUAGCCGUGGUGUGCUCGGCCCGGAGCACCACCUCUAAAGCGGCCGGCACCACAACACGAUUGAUUGAAAUUUUCAACGUUUUUGAUGCGGCUAGAGUUGGGAACGGGCGGCAGCAGGCUGAUGCCGUGGGCGCGCUACAGAGCAGCCUCCAGAUUAUUGUCGAGGAGCACCUCGUUGGGGCGGCACCUUCACUUGUGAACAAAGCCUCUCGGGAUAUCCUUGCCGCCAGACUAUCUUUAGAAGCUCAAAAUACAGUCUCGGCAGUCACCGAGGCGUUGAAAGCCCCGAAAUAUGACCACGGCUGGGUCCAGGACCUGCUGGUCAGUCUCGGGGAGAAGCUCAGCUGCCUUACCAUGGUGGCUAUUCUACAAGACCUAGGCGUCGAGGCCGAAUACGUAGAUCUAUCCUCCAUCCUCCCGCCAUCCUCCCCCUCCACGCCCGUUCACGACGACGCCAACUGCUACACCUCACUAUCCGCCGCCAUCGGCGCGCGCCUCUCUUCCUGCGGCCCGCGCGUCCCCGUCGCCACCGGCUUCUUCGGGCCCUCCAGCGGCGGGAUGCUCGCGUCCACCGUCGGCCGCGGGUAUACAGACCUAUGCGCCGCGCUGGCCGCCGUCGGUCUCGCCGCCGUCGAGCUGCAGGUUUGGAAGGAAGUCGACGGGAUCCUGACCGCCGACCCGUCGCGUGUGCCGGGUGCGCGCCUGGUGCCGCGUGGUGCACGCCCUGGCCGUCCGGCGGGUCGCGGAGGCACCUACGGCGAUGGCGCUGCGCGUGUGCAACGUGAAGCGGCCGGCGGCGCCGGGCACGGUGGUCCUGCGGGAGGCCGGCGGAAGCAAGGCGGAGGCCAACGACUCGGACACGGACGGCGCGUCUCUCAAGUGCGGCGGCGGCGCGGAGUGCCGGGCGAUCACGGCUAG